AUUUUCAGUUUGUUUCAUUAUGUUCAUCCUCUCAAGAUAAGAAGUUCAAGAGCUAUAGUUUCUGUAGUAAUCACUGCUAUAAAAACACUGAAGACUACUCAUUUGAAAGAAUGGAAACCAGCCAUCCUUAGAUGCCAAAAAUAAAAGAAGGGAAAAACAGACAUCUCCACAUCUGAACCAGAAUUCUGCUAAUUAAAAAUGCCAGGAUCAGUAAUUUCAGAACUGGAAGUCUUUUCCCCACUUCACUGUUUUCACUGCAACUUUACAUUUGGACUGAGGAACACGCAGGGGGAUUCUUCUACUGCAAAAGCCAGGUAUAAACAGAACUACAUUUGUCUAAUCCGAAGCCUUUUUGAAGCCAAACUGAGAUGGGGGGGAAAGACCAAGCCAUGUGGAGUUUCAGAGUCCAGCGACAGACCAGGAUGAGAUUUGGAGAAAGAAGGUGGUGAUUGCUGUGUUGGACAGCCCCCCUCCCCACAAAAAAGGUUGGCUCCUGUGCCGAGUACCAUUUCUCCAGGUGUAAACACAUUCCCAUUCCAAGGAACUUUCCAAGGAAUUAUUUUCUCAGUUGAACCACUGCAACAAUGGCCCUACAAACCCAUCUGGAGAGCACAACCGAGAGGGACUGGAAUAAAGAAAAGAUGGAAUUACUGGAGCGUUUUGACAAUGAGAGGAAAGAGUGGGAAUGCCAGUGGAAGGUCAUGCAGAAGAAAAUAGAAGAGCUUUACCAGGAGGUAAAAUUAAGACGUGAGAGCAACAUGAAUGCCUUUGAGAAUAAGGCUAUUCAUAGCAAGGCACCACCACCAGCUCGUUCCCCCUCUUUAGAAUGGACUAAAACCCCAGGACAGAAUAAUUCUUCUCCAGACAAAGAAAGUUUUCCCAUCAAGGCAGAAAAAGAAAGCAAAGACACAAGAAACAAGAGGAGAAACCAUGUUUUUGCAAAAGAUCAUCUUGUCUUGGAGAGUUGCAAAGAAUCCAAAGACUGCCCAGGCUUGAAACCAUCCAAGAAUUACACUCAGGAUCUCAAUAUUGCUCUUAAAGAACUUGCCAAAGUAAGUGAAGACUUGUGCAGCUACCAAGAAGAAAUCCGUAAAAAGUCCAACAACAAAAGAAAGAAGUUCUACCCUUCCCUGGGAGAAUCUGCAGAAACAGAAAACACACUAAUUACGGCACAAGAAAUGAACCAUGUGCAUCAGAGUGUUUCACAGCCAGCUUCAAUUUUAUUUGAAAUAGAGAAACAAAAUAAUAAUAAGAAUUUGAUUGGUACUAGCUUGAAGGAAAUUCCAUCUAGUGCUCUUACUGGAGUUGAGAAAAGCACCUUUUUACUCUGGCAAACAAGAGAUGCCCCUCCUGUUCCUCCUAGAAGCACUUCUCGACAUUUAGCAAGCUCUCUGGCCCAAGUUUCUGAAGCAUUUGUCAAAGAUUUAGGGCAGUGGAGUGGCAGUCCGACCAAAGAGUCUCCAGAUGCAAAUGCAUUUAAUCAUCCAUCGUUUGCCAAGCAGCGUGAUGCUCCAGUGUCCCCAAGUGUGCUUAGUGGCCCUUCUGUAGCUACUACAGGAUCCAUAGAGAAAGGGGAUCCAUCCCUUGAAUGCAAGCCUAUGUCAGGUUUUUGUCAUAACACCUGGUCCUGUGAUGCAAGCAAAGUUGGAGGUUGUGCUCAGAAUGGCUCUUCACAGCCUGUCCAGAAAAGCUGUUCUGAUGGGAACAUGAUGCCCUCAAAACACCUUCUAAAAUGUCAAAACAAUGUACAUUGUACCAGGGACUGUUACACUCCUAUAUGUGACACCCUAGGGGAUUCUGGAUAUGGAACUGGAAAAACUCAGCGCAAUGAAACCCUGGAAGCAAAAAUUGAUGAGUUCAACAGAACUGUGUUUCAUACAGAUAAAGCUCAAAAGUGUUUGCAGCAGAACCAGGCACUUUCUGUACCACCAGGAGAUCCUAAACUCUGUUGCCUCCAACAAGAUGGUCUGCCUAGCAAAACACAAAAUGAAGAAUCACUGGGUGUUCUGAAUCGCAAACCAUCUUUCAAGAAGGAUGAAAAACCUUGCACACCUAGCAAAAAUAUCAAAACAACAGGACAACAAAAGCAACUGAACGGACUUCUUAGCGGCUACCAUCAUAUGCUUCAUGAGCAUGCUUGGAGGCCAAGUAAUUUAUCUGGUCGUCCACGAUCAGCUGAUUCUCGGUCCAACUAUGGGGUUGUUGAAAAGCUUCUGAAGAACUAUGAAAGAUCAGCCUCCUUAUGGAACUCAAACUUCCACCAAGAGCAGUGGGUGUCAACAGAAGCCAAAUUUGUUGAGGGUGGUUGUGAAAAGGCAAGUCAUUAUUUUGAAAUGCUCCAGGGUGACCAAGGAAAGCAGGAGCAGCAGAAGACCUCAGUCAAGCACAUUGGGAUUUACACCAAAAACAGCAAAGAGAAGCAGAAAUUCCCUGAGGUUUCUGUUCCAGUUAAACAGUCAAAUGGGAAAGGCUUUUCUCGACCAGCGCGGCCGGCAAACAGGCGUUUACCUUCCAGAUGGGCCUCAAGAUCACCCUCAGCACCACCAGUUAUGAGAGAAACAGCUCUGAAUGAACUCUCUUGAACUUGUGUUGAGAGAUCUCAAGAAUGAUGGUGUGGCAGCUGAUCCAUACCUCCUGGGAGCUCUUUUUUCCAUGCUCCUGACCAGAACCAAUUAUAGGCACUUGUAUGUUGGUCAAUAAUAACCUGGUAUUUUCAACUUGCUGGAGAAACAGUUUUGAUUCUUAGCCCAUUGUUCUAGUCUUCAGUGUUUUUAGCAAUGAGAAAAAGAUGCCUCCUCCCUACCCUAAUAUGUAUGUUUGUGUGUGUACCUAUAUUCAUAUUUUAAUGUCCAUAGCAUUCUUACUUUGAAUGACAUUUGCUGAUACUCAUCUCCCCAAACAGCUUUUUUAAUAACAUAGAAAGUUCUUUAUAUUCUGACUUUUCCCGCAAACAGCAGGAAAAAAAUGCUGUAUGCAUGAUCAUGUGUAUAGGUGCAUGUGUUGGAAUAGGAUGUAUAUUAGUCUUUACGUAGAAGCAGCAAACUCAGUACUAGUGUUGACACUGAAAUUGUAACAUGCCUAUAUAUGUGCAUAAAUACACACACUGUUUUGGUUUAUUUGAAGAUUUGAGAAUAUAUCGCUCCGGUAAUAAUUAUAUUUUGUAUAUCUUUUACAGGUCUGGUAUUUGAUAUAUAAAAACUAGCAUAUGCAUUUUGGGAACUAUGAUAGCAGAGAAAAGGGAUUUGCAACUAUGUAUCAGAAGCUCAGUGGACUUAUUCCAUACUUGCGCUUGAUAUUCUCCCUUUCCUUGUUCAUUACUCUAAACUUUGCAAUACUAGGUCCAAUGAACUGGGCAUAGUUUUUUCUGAAUUAAAUAUUUGCAAUUUAUAA